AUGAGUAGAGACGUUAUGGCGCGAUUUCUCAAGAAAAAGAAAGUCGAUACAUCUUCCGAACUAAUUGAUUUGGAUACUCUUCCUUCGGAUCCGUAUGAUCGCAAGCCGAUAGAGUCAUAUAACGUGAAUCAACGGGAUGAGAUUAGAAGGGCAUAUAUACUAAGAGGACCGUAUCAACCAAGAGGUAUCGAAUUCCCACAAACAACGUUUCAAGGUGACGAGUUAAGAAAAUUUAAGGAAGAAUGGAGCCACUUCGGAGACGGUAGAGACACAUUUGUGAGCGGUGGGUAUAACAAUUGGAAAAGGACCCAUAAGGAGAAACGUGAAUAUCGACUUAGACUUAGUGCUUCUACUUUGCUUGGGAAAAGGUUGUUGAAUGGCGGAUUGGCGUUUUGUGGACAUGAUGAAUCAAAAGAUUCAUUAAAUAAAGGCAAUUUCUUAGAGCUUUUAGAACUCAUGGGUGAAAUGAAUGAAGAGCUUGCUAAAGUUAUCUUAGAGAAUGCACCCGCGAAUAACCAAAUGACAAGUCCUAAAAUUCAAGCGGACAUCAAACAUUGUUAUGCUCAAGAGGUAAUUAAACAAAUUUUAGAAGAACUUGGUGAUGAUGUUUUUUCUUUAUUAGUAGAUGAAUCAUGUGAUGUAUCAAAAAAGGAACAAAUGGCAGUUGUUAUUCGUUUUGUUGAUAAAGUUGGGAUUGUUAAGGAACGUUUUAUUGGGCUUGUUCAUGUCAAAGAGACAAGCGCAAUAACACUUAAAACGGCUAUUGAUGAUAUAUUGGCACGUUAUGGGUUAAGUUUGAAAAGGAUUAGAGGCCAAGGCUAUGACGGGGCAAGUAACAUGUCGGGCGAGUUUAACGGCCUAAGGGCUCUAAUCUUAAAGGAAAAUGUUUCGGCUUUUUAUAUUCAUUGCUUUGCACACCAACUUCAACUAGUUGUUGUGGCGGUGGCUCACAAACACACACCAAUUUGGAGAGUUUUUGAAACGAUAACAUGUUUAACAAAUGCCGUUUGUGCAUCUUCUAAACGGCAAGAUAUGCUUCGUGAAAACCAAAGAAGGCAAUUGGAAAAAAUGGAAGAUGUACUUUGUACCGGAAGUGGGUUGAACCAAGAAAUGACGCUUUCAAGGCCCGGGGAUACACGUUGGAAUUCCCAUUACAAGACACUUUCCCGUUUAAUUUCUUUAUAUCCAAACAUUAUGGAAGUUCUUGGAUGGUUAGUAGAAACGGGUCAAACUCUUCCUUGUAGUAGACAAGCGGACGGACUUCUAGAGGAUAUGAAAAAAUACGACUUUGUAUUUUACAUACACUUGAUGGAGCAUAUUCUAAACAUCACACAUACGUUGUCCCAAUGUCUUCAAAGAAAGGAGCAAGAUUUGAUGAAUGCGGUUAAAUUGGUUUCUUCCACCAAAAACCAACUUGAAAAGUUUAGGUUGGAAGGUUUUAAUGAGUUCUUGGAGAAGGUUAACUCAUUUUGUGACAUGUAUGAACUUGAGGUGAAAAAAUUGGAUGAUGAAUACGUUAACCCAAGGUGGCCAAGAAGAAAGACGAACAUCACAAAUCGGCAUUAUUACGAGUAUGAUUGCUUCAAUGCGGUUCUUGAUUUGCAAAUACAAGAAUUUGGGAACCGUUUUAAUGAGGUAACAUCUGAACUACUUGUUUGUAUGAGUUGUUUGAGUCCUUGUGAUAAUUUUAGUGCAUUUGACAUUCCAAAUAUACUAAAGCUAGCCGAGAAGUAUCCUUAUGAUUUCAAUGAAGAGGAAAAACGAAGGCUUCCGGUUCAACUCGAAAACUACUUUAAUUUUGUGAAAAAAGAUAAACAAUUCGCCAACUUGGAUGUCGAAGCUAGAGGUGGCCGAAUGUUGAGACUGGACCGAAAAUCGUCAAAUAGAAUACGAGGCAAGCCUUUAGUGAAAAUGUCAGCAAUUUGA